AUGGCAGCCUGUGAUAUGCCUAGGAAGGAGCUGGGGCUGGGGAUGGCUGGCUGCAACUCUGGCAGCUGCGACAGCAUGGUCAGCACGGCCUCCAACCACUCGCAGCGUGUAAAAGAAACUAUUGGCUCACUGGAUGCAGAAGCAGACAGUGGGGUCUCUACUGAUGAGACCGACUACAUGGAGCCCUCCAAGCUGCCAGGGACAUGGCCUAAGAGAGACUCCGUUCCCCAGGAUUUGGAAAAUGGGGCUCCCCCUCCUAGUGUAGGUCAGCAGCAGGCAGCUGAACAGAAGCGCGAUCCCUUCCAGGACAACCUGGUGAGCCAUGAGUGGUCCCGCAGCAAUCACUCAGAUGCCAAGAGGGAAACAGCCAAGGAGACCAAGACUUGGACUUCAUGGGGCCAGUCAGAGAAAUCCAUGUUGGAAGAGGCCCCUCAGGACCCAGAUGCCAAGCGUGGGCCUCCAACUGCCCCCAAACCACGAAAAUUGCCACCAAAUAUUAUACUGAAAACCAGCAAAAACAGCCCAGUGACACUCACCAUGGAGCCCGGCCAGAAGGUAAAAGCACCACCUCCAUCCUCGGCUGGCUCUCAGCCUGGCUCUGCCAGUGACACCACUGCCGAAAAAGCAAAUUCGGGGCACCUCGACCCCAAGGAGAGGGAGAAAGCCCGGCGGGAGGCAUUGGAGAAGCUUGGACUGCCACAGGACAGGAGGGAGCCCAACACCCACCUUCAACCUACCAUGCAUCCCCAACCAAGGGAGAUGGCAUUCCCCGUCCCUGGGGAUCCCGAGGCACACUGCAGGGCGGCGGAGAGGUCGGUGCCGGGUAUCCGGCAGAUAGGCUUCAAAUCCAACACCCUGGAGCGCUCUGGCGUGGGGCUGAGCAGCUACGUGACCAGCGCCAAGGAGCAGAGCAUCAAGACCAGCAGCUCCCUGGGCAAGAUGUCCUUCAUCGAGCGGCUCGCCCCGAGCUUCCUCAGGAGCAGCCGCCCCCGGACAGCAUCCCUCGGGGCAGGGAAGGACUUUGCUGGUCUGAAGGAGCCCGAGCAGGUAGAGCAGGAGAAGAGCAGCAAGCGGCGAUCCCACCCACUGCAGAGCUUCCCCAGGCCACCCCACUCCUGCGUCAGCGUGAAGAUUUCCCCCAAGGGUGCAACCGAUGAGAACCGGCGAGAGGCACUGAAGAAGCUCGGUCUGCUGAAGGAAUAA